GAAUUACCAAUGUUAUUUGUAUUUGUUAAAUGCCACAAUAAUGAGAAUCUGAUAUGUGCUUAUUAAUAUUCAGAAUCAGAAGUGUACAUUUAACGCUUUUAUUUCAAUUCAAUUUCGGUUUUGGUCAGAGUUUGGAGGAUUACCAUUCAUUGUCCCGAACGUCUGGAUUUUCAUGCGAUUAAUUUCGGUUAAAAAAUGUAAUUGAGUCCCAGCACUACAUACUUUUAAACACUACUCAAGAAAAAUUAAAACGUAUGGUAUAACUACUAAAACUACUCGAAGAAGGUAAUGUAAUUAGUUACCCUUAUUACGCUUUAUCAGCUUCACGUUCGCCAUAUUUAGAUUUUUAGACGUUUUGUCAGUGUUUGGAAGAUCACCAUCCAACCUUCGCGGCUCUUUGAUUUAAACUGUCUGUACCAGUUUUAUCGUCGUCGGCCUUUUUGUGUCCGUUUCAGGAGGUUGCCAUCUUGAUGUUCGCUACUCUUUGGUUGGUUGUUUACUCCGAGUUACAGAUUCAGCUCGUUUUCAAGGUUCAGGUUUACAGAAAAACGUUUGAACUUUAAAUCAGUCUGUCUGCGCGGUUCGCUCCAAAUUUAUUUUCCACACAAACUGUUGCAAACCGAACCGAACCAUUUUCCAGGUUUCCCCUUCGGUUCACCGGAGAGUCCGGAGAUCACCUGGACAGCUGUUCGUCAACAGAAGCUUCAGAUAUAUUCAAGCUGUUUUGUUUCGCAGCUCUUUGGAUGAUGGCAAACCCUCUGCGGCCUGAGGUGGUUCGGCUCUACAAGAACCUCCUCUACCUCGGCCGGGAAUACCCGAAAGGCAGCGACUACUUCAGGGCCCGUCUGAGAGCGGCGUUUACUAAGAACAAGUCGGUCCAGGACCCGGAGCAGAUCAAGGCCAUGAUCGCCCGGGGGGAGUAUGUGGCGCAGGAGCUGGAGGCGCUCUACUACCUGAGGAAGUACCGGGCGAUGAAGAAGCGUUACUACGAGGAGUGAAGACGCUCUGCAAAGACUCACAUAGAAAAUAAAGAAAAUAGAAACAUUUU